AUGGUAGGGGUGCUAUCUUUUGUUGAUGGAUAUAUUCAAGUUCUACGAGUUCGUGAUACAACUACAACUUCUUCAUCUUCAUCAGUUUCUAGUUUAAAUUUUAAUUCAACUUAUCAAUCUUCAUCUACUUCGCAUAUUUCUACCACAGAUAGCAGCAGCGGCAGCAGCUCCAGUUACGACUCCGCGACAUUAUCAGAUCAGACAUUUUCUACCACGAUCCCUAGUACUUCUAAUUUUAACUCCCAUUUUUCCUCAACCCCCCCUUCCUCAAGUUCUUCCAUCCUGUCGUCUCCAACCACUAUAUCUAGCUCUACUAAUAGUAGUCUGCUAUCGUCGUCCUCGACAGAAGAAUCAUCCUCAUCAUCAUCAACAAUAUCGUCUUCAUCUUCAUUAUUGGAAAGUUCAAGUUUAGUGGCCUUAACUUCCUCAUCCGUCAUUUCUUCUGAUACUUCUUUAUUAUCAGCCACUAGUACACAAUUGUCUAGCGAGUCAAGUUCACUGUUUCUGGCUUCUUCAAGUAUGGCAAGUAGUACCAGCUCUUCAUUUUCAAGUGAAGAGUCUUCUUCAAGUAUUUCUUCUUCGGAACCAUCUUCAUCUUCAGCUAUAGAGUCAUCUUCAAGUUCGUCAGGGUUUUCCUCGUCUUUAUCAUCCUCAUCUGAAUUUUCUAGUUCUUCAAGUUCUUCAGAAUUCUCAAGUUCUUCAAGUUCAAUAGAAAACUCUUCUAGCUCUGAGUUUUCAUCAUCUGCUUCAUCUUCAGAAUUCUCAUCAUCUUCAACUUUAAUAAGUUCGAGUGAAUCCUCAUCAUUCUCAGCCUCGGAGUCGUCAUCUUCUAUUUUCUCAUCUUCAGUAGAAACUUCGAGUACAUUUUCUUCAGAAGUGCCAUCAUCUAGUACAGAUUUUUUUGCAUUCACUUCUUCAACAACCACUCCAAGUACAAGUUCAACUAUAGAAGAAUCUACUUCAUCAUAUACUUCAAGUUCAUCAUCUAUAACUGCAGUAUUAUCAAGCUCUCAUACCACUUCAUUUUUAACAUCUUUUACUUCCACUAUUAGUAUUUCUCCAGAUACUACUAUUACAACUGUAAUUACGAUUCCAACCUCAGCUGUUGAGCCAGUUUCAUCGCCAGCUGAGUCUACCACAGAACGAAAUUCAAAAUUAAUUGGAGGAUUAGUAGGGUCUAUUGGAGGUACUAUUGUCAUUGGAACUUUAGUGGUUUUAUUUCUCUUCCUUAAAAGAAGAAGACAAAAUUCAUUCAAGAAUCAAUCUCCUGAUUUUGAUGAUUCUCCAGAAUUACCUGAUAGAAAUGGUGGUUUAGGAUUACUUUCAAGUGAAAGUGAUGGCUCUGGAAUGACUGAUUCCAAAUUUGGAUUUAAGAAAUUAUUCGGAUCUAAAUUAUAUCCAAAUCCAUCUACAACUGCCAUUGGUGAUGGAGUUGGUAUUGGAUUAGCGGGAGUUGGAGCUUCAAGGGCUGUAACUCAAGCUAAUUAUGGUGGUACUGGAAAUUCUAAUCAAUUCACUCAUCCUACUGAUUUUGGUCAAAAUGCUAAUGGAGAUUUCGAAUAUAGAGGUGUUGCUAGUAGUAAUUUAGAUUCAUUAUUUAAAACAUCUAAUUCAUCCCUGGGUUCAACUACAAGAAGAGCAUCAUCAAAUCUUGGUAAAUCAAGUUCAUCAGCUAGUAAUACACCUUCUGAUGGUAGAACCACUCGAUUAAAUUCAUUUGGACAUCCAUUAGCGGCUCCUGAUCAUUUCAAUUUUAAUGAACAUGAUGAUGAAGAUCAAGCUCAACAUUUAGGUUCACCUGAUGAACAUCAUGAAGAUGUGUUUAAAUCAGAUAGUUCCAAUUAUGAUACUGAUUCUGAUUCUCAUUUCAAUCAAUCCGAUUAUGAUUUUGAUCAACAUGGUUUAGCCAAUACUACCGGUAAUAUUCUUAAUCCUCAUCAUGUCUUUGGUGAGACUGAACAAGGAAGUAACAAUUCUCGAUCUUACUUUGCUGAACAAAUUGAUUAA